CUAAGAACGCGCCCAGCGAUCAAUUCUGGAGUGCGAAUGUCGUACGGGAUAUAUUUAGUCAUUGAUUUUUUUCUUCUUCGCCCCUCUGUCUCUCCUUCCAUCCAAAUUUUCUUUCUAAGAUUUAAAAAUGAUGUAUCAAAUGGCGGACACGACAAGGGUCUCCGAUGAGUAUUACAUGAGUGUCGGGCAAGUUUCAGGUAUCAGAUCGGCUGCGGGCAUUGAUCAUCUUCUGAUGUAUGGUCAGAUGGAGAUCGUGAAGAAGGAGGCGGCGCGUGUGAGGUUCGCGGAGAACAUGGUGCACCUCAUCCCUGUUUGUUAUCAUCAUCUGCGCCACGGUUUUUUGAUGUUCUCCAACCCUAACAUUGAGAUGAUGAGUAGAGCUGAUUCCAUCCUUGCUAGAACCAUUGAUGGUUAUAACAAUUGGAACGACACAGCCGUGACAGUUGGGAUUGAAGUUUUGGAUCCAAUAGAUGGGAUUGUCACAAAGGAUUCCGGAAGAAAUAUAGACAACAAAAAUCAAUAUAAAUAGUUCAUUAGGUUAUUUUACAGGUCCUGUUUCCCAACUGCUCGUGUCUGUGAAAAAAAUGUGAACUUUUUAUAUGAUGGAUACAUCUGCCUUUCUUCAAUGUUUAAGGCUCU